CUACACUGGUUAUCAUUAACAGCGAAUAAUAGGAGUUUAAUAUUUUAGAUAAAAGUCGAGUUUCAUCCAUAAAUUUUUGUUGCUGUCUUGAGUUUUUGUUUUAUUUAAUUUUCUAUUUUAAUUUAAUUUAUUGAAUUUUCCUGGUUGUUGACAUAAAAAAAUAGUUAGAGAAAAAAUAUGUCGAAAACAACCAAUAUGAAAGAUAUUUUACCAGCGUUCCAAGAGGAAAAUAUCGGUAAGUAAAUGUUAAUUUUUGCAAACUAAAGGGCGUGUACCUCUGGACUAUAUUCCAUAUGAAUAUCGUUUUGAAAUCUUAACGAUUUCAUAUUUACAGAUAUGUUUGCUGCCACUAGCGUUUUACAGCAACAAGCAGCUGAAAUAAGGAAUUUGAAUCCAAAUUGGUCUUCCUAUUUACAGUAAAUUUUGAAAUUUUAAUGUACAGUAUUUUAUAAUAUAUAUGUAAUAGUUACCAAAAUUAUUUUAUAGAUCACAAAUGAUAUCUCAAGAUGUGUUCGAUUUUAUUAGUGCAUAUGAUGUAACAAAUGCAAAAGGUCAUUUUUUAAAUAAUAAUCGUUCUGAGGCAGCUAAGGCUUUUUUUAGUUUAUUGGAACAUAUCUCCAAGGAAUCAACUAUACAAUAUGUACUUGUUUUAAUUGAUGAUUUAUUAACGGUAAAUAAUUCGAUAAAAUAUUAUUAAUGAAAUUAUAUGUUUAAAAUAAACAAAAAAAGGUCGUAUUUUACCAUUUAAAUAUUUAGAUAGAACCUAGGUAUCCAACAUUUCAUAUGUACUUAACUUUAAAAGAAAAAAAAAAUCAAUCAAUCUAUUAAUCUUAAACUACUAUGAUAAUUUGAACCUUUUGUUUAUUCAAAUUAAAAUUCAAACAGUAUUUAUUGUUUUUUUUUUUUAUAUAAUACAGUUAAAUCAAAAUUUUUUUUUUAUUCUUAUAGGAAGACCGAUCACGUGUAGAAAUAUUUCAUGAAUAUGCUCUUAAAAAAAAUGAACCAGUGUGCGGAAAUUUUUUGAAUUUGUUGAAUGCCGCAGAUGGGUUUAUAAAUAACAUGUCUGCUCGCAUCAUUGCAAAGUUUGCUUGUUAUUCAACCGAUCUCAUCAAUCAAACUGAUUUGCAGUUUUAUUUGAAUUGGAUCAAGGAGCAACUGUUGUCAGCUGUAAGAUUAUAAUAUAUAUAUAUAUAUUUUUUAUUUUGUUAUACCGCAUAUUUUAUUUUUAUCAAUAAUGUGUCAUAUAAUUUAUAUUUGCUCUGCUUAAAAUAUUAUUUUAAACUAAUGAAUAAUUAUAGAACAACGAAUACAUGCAGUCAGUUGCUCGUUGCUUGCAAAUGUUAUUACGCCGUGAUGAAUAUAGGACUGCAUUCAUUACUGUUGAUGGUAUAUCUACCCUUUUAAGCAUAUUGUCUGGACGAGUUAAUUUUCAAAUUCAAUAUCAACUAAUAUUCUGUGUCUGGGUUAUGACGUUUAAUCCACGAUUGGCCGAACGAAUGAACAAGUUAAAUAACUUAAUAAAAUAUUUAAUGAAACUAUAAACUAACUUAAUUUUAUUAUUAUAGAUUCAAUGUAAUUCCUAUUUUGGCUGAUAUUCUAAGUGAUUCUGUCAAAGAAAAGGUCACACGAAUUAUUCUUGCUGUAUUUAGGGUAAAUUUGUUAAAAAAGUAAUAACUAUUGUUUUUAAAAUAAUUUAAAUUGCAUUUUAGAAUUUGAUUGAUAAACCAGAAGAUAGUACUACUUCAAAAGAACAUUGUAUUGCAAUGGUCCAGAGUAAAGUUUUGAAACAACUUAGUAUACUUGAACAGAGAAAAUUUGACGAUGAAGACAUUGUUGAGGACAUUCAGUUUUUAAAUGAACGCCUACAAGCAUCUGUACAAGAUCUUAGGUAUGGUUAAAUUAGAAAAAAAAAAAUGUAUUGAUAUUUAUUUUAAGUAUUAUAUUUUUUUUUAUUGAUUUUGUGUUUCUAUAUUCUUCAUCUCUUUGAUUUAUAGUUCUUUUGAUGAGUAUGCAACUGAAGUAAAAUCAGGCCGUUUAGAAUGGAGUCCUGUGCAUAGGUCUGCACAAUUUUGGAGAGAAAAUGCAUCUCGUUUGAAUGAAAGAAAUUAUGAGCUUCUACGUAUCUUGGUGCAUUUGCUAGAAACUAGCAGAGACCCUCUUGUUUUGAGCGUUGCUAGUUUUGAUGUUGGUGAAUAUGUGAGACAUUAUCCACGUGGAAAACAGUUAGUACAAUAGCUCUUACAUUAAAAUAUUAAUUCAUAAUACAACUUAUAAACUACUAUAUCUAUUCAUUUUCAGUAUAAUUGAACAGCUUGGUGGAAAACAACUUGUAAUGCAACUCUUAUCCCAUGAAGAUGCAAAUGUUCGCUAUGAAGCACUCUUAGCUGUACAGAAACUCAUGGUUCAUAAUUGGUAAGUUUUAGUGAUAUUGUCAUUUAAAAUUAAUUCGAUAAUUCAUAUUUUUAAUAUUUUGAUAUUUUUGUUAGCUCUACAGUGAAAUUGUAUAAUGAUCCCUCGUGUUCAAUACCAAAUUGAGUUUUUUUAUUACUACUGUACUUUAUUCAUUGGUUUUAAAUUGAUUAUAAUUUAAUAACUGUAUAAUAUGUAUAUAUAUAUAUAUAUAAAAAAAAUAAAAUACAUUUUUCUAUACCAUGAAAAAAAUCAUUUACAAAUAAUAUAUUAUAUUUAGUUUUAUAAUAUGAUCAUUUAAUAGAUUUGGAAUUAUGUUUGUAUUUUAAGGAUGAAGGUACUUGGAUCUCAGGUACUGUUUUAUAUUUCUUUGUAUGAUAGCUAUCAUUUAUUUGAGUUGUUCUUUGUUUUGUUAACAAAUUAAAUAUUCUUCAUUUCUGUACGGAACAAAUAUGCCAAUCUAUACGAUUAUGUUUGUCCUGUACACUAUUGCUUCAAAUAUUGCUUUAUAGAUUUUGAGUAGAUCAAAGGAGCUAUUAGUAUUAGAAUGACGUGAUACGUUUUUGUUUUUUUGUUUUACAAUUUUUUAAAAACUUGUAUUCAUCAAUUUAUAAAUGUGUUGAAUUUAACACUAUUGUUGUUUUUCAUAUUAUUCUGUUUUUGCAUCUUCAAAUCAUUAAAAACUGAAAAAAAAACAGAGACAAGUGAGCAUUAAUUAUAAUUCUGAGUCCUACUUAGAAUCAUUUUUGAUCUCUGAACAUUCGGCUGCUGUGGCCCACCCAAAAGAGUAGUGUAUUUAAGGUAUUAUGUAUGUUCACUUUUAAUUAUUUAGUAAUAAUAAUUUUAGAAAAGCAAUUUAUGUCUAUUUAAUUUAAUUUCUAUAGAUAACUGUGUAUCCAGUUUGGUUGUUUUAAAAAUAGAGAAAAACUUAAAAAUAAAUGUUGAGGUGUGUAGGUUUUAUAUAUAAUACUAACUCAAGUAUUGUCAAAUUAUAAAUACAAUAUGCUAUCUAAUAUCAAGUCUGUUGAUGCCCAGAGCAUUUUGUGGUUUGUCCUUCCUAUAAAAGUUUGUACAUUUUAUAUUAUUGGCCCUAUGAAUAUUUUAACAUAUUUUCAGAUACUUAUUAUUAAAUAUAUUGGAAACAUUCAAAUUAUAGGGUGUUUAGGUUUUUAUAUUUUUUUCUUACAAUUAACAAAUCAUACAAAUAAAAUAAAUAAUUCUUUUAUUAUAUUGUUUAGUUGGUUGCAUUAUUAUAAUUGAAUUUAUAAUUUAUUUUUAUUUUCUAGGGAAUACCUUGGUCGUCAGCUGGAGAAAGAUCAAGGUAGUAGUAUGGACAGAACAAAACCAUCCACUGCUCUAACCGGAAAAGCUUAAUAAUAAAUAUUUUAAAAAUAAGAAAUUCAAAAUAAUAAUGUACAGAUGUUAAAAUCUUCAUUUUGUAGAUUCGUUACUUACAUUAUAUUUUAUGAGCAACACUAGGUAAGAAAUCGGUUAAAAAAUAUAAUUACUUCUCUUCGAAGUAAGUAUAUAUGUUAUUUGUCUUUAAAAUAACUGUAUUGAUAAUGAGUAUUAUGAUUAUCAUUGUAUCAAUGUCAUGUUGUUUUGUGAUUUAAUUGUUUUUUUUUUCAUAUUUUAAUUAUUGUACCAUUACAUUAUUGUAGCUGUUAAUCAUAGAUACAUAUAUUACAUCUAUAAAUGUUAUAAAUUUGAUCAUUCCAAUAUAUUAUAAUUCAUUAACAGAAUUAAAUAAAAUUUGGUAAUUUG